UUUUUUAGAUAUUUAGUCUUUACAGUAAAUACCUACAUCAUCAUACGCUGAUUAUUGUCUGUAGUCCUGAGAGUUUUAUAGGUCAGGGAAAACUACGUUUUUACUGCGCAAUUUAAAUAAACAAACUGGUCAGGCACGCUGCGGGCUACUGUGCUGGGGUCCUCUUGUGUAGUCUUUUGGUCGUCACCAUGGAGACCAUUCUACAACUUGCAGUCUUUGGCCGUAACCUUUAUUUAGCCAGGCUUCUGCUGAACUGAGGAAACGCAUACCAUAAUAAAGUUUAUUUUAGUUUCUUGUUUGUUUUAUAAUUGGCCUUGAAGUGUGAGAGAUGUUCUCAGACCGAGACCUUAGACUUCCACCUUUACUCAGAUCGCAAAAACAAAGGCCAUCACGUGACCUUCCUUUGCAAAAAGCCUUUGUCCAGGAAGAAAAUGGAACUGGAGCAGAUUUUUCUGUGAACACAAGGAGGAAGCUGCUCUCGACUGGAAGCAGCUACUUGUAUGCAGGCCCAGGGAGAAAGCCUCAGCUCCUGAUGCAGCUGGAAAGUUACGUGAAGAAGGAGCUGCAGGCCAUCAGCACACACCUGCCUCACUUUCAGGAAAUGAAACUGGAGGUCUACCGCAAUGUCUUCAGUCGUGUUAUCAAUGCUUUCACAACGUACCAGCCUCUUCUUUCUGCCAUCAAAACGGAAUAUGAAAACACUUUGGCGUAUCAACAGAAGGUAAUCCGAGAUCUGGAGCCACUGCGGUCCCAGCUGAGACUGGUGGCCGAGGAAUGUGACCGCAAGAUCCAGGCACGACGGGAAGAGGAGCAGGCUGAGGCCGAGCUCUUAAAAAGAGAGAAGCAGGAGCUGCUGAGGGACAUCAAGGCCUCAAGGGAGAGAGAGGAGGCGACACAGGCCGUGGUGGACCAUCUCCAGUCAGAGCUGUCCAGCGUUUAUCUGCAGUUCAGGAAAGAGCGUGACGCCCACAGGCUGCUGAUCUGGGAGCUCAACGAGAUGAAAGGAGGUUCUGUGAAGACGGAGAUCUCUGCAGACAGAAGCUCAGAAGACAGCGUUGAGCUAAAACUCGCUCUGAAGGUGUGUCAAGAAGACCUGACUAAGACGCAGGAGCAGCUCACCAGGAUGAAAGUGGCGUACUGGGAUGUUGUUCCCCGCCGGGACUGGGACACCCUGGAAGAAGCCCAAAAACUGACCCAGCUGCAGCUGGAGACACUUCAGGAAGACUUCCAUCACCUGCUGGAGCUCCACAAAAGAAGCGUUGUGCAAACCAAGACCAACGUCUCAGCCGCUGUUCAGACUGACGGCGAUGCGCCUCGAGGGCAAAGCCAGAUCCAGUUGGACCCCAAACAAGAACAGAUUAACUUUGACGAUGUCUCUGAAAGCAGAACCGCUGCCUCUGCCUUGGAGUCGAGGGAGGCGGUGACCACAGCAGAAGAAGCAGAUGAACAUGUGACCGUGGGUCAGAGCAAAGCUGACGUCAGCGGCGAUGUCUUCUUCUCUGAGACGCCAACAUGAAGCAGAACAUUCAGAUUCUCAGUUUCAACAUUGUGCCAAAAAUGUAUUUUUGUUUUAUCAAUGUAGAUUAAAAUGAAACCCAGAUAGAAUCAUCCAGAAAUAGCAUUAAGAAUAAGCUAUUGUUGUAUGUUUACAACCAAACUUCAUGGACUUUUUUUUACUUUUUACACAAAUUAAAAUAAUGCUAACUGGU